CACACACACGCCCACUUCUCUUAAUUUAGCCAAAGCCAAAUAGAAAAAAGAACUAAACCAGCUUUUUUGGCCCCCAUUUGUGUUGUUGGUACUGUUCUGUGCGAAUAAAAGGCCACGCGAUGAUAAGCUUUCUGUUCAUUGUAAAUCGGGCGCUCAGCAGCAGCAGCAGCAGCAUCAGCAGUGCAGCGGCAUCCUUAACGAACAAGAAGAUGACCGCCCCCGGCCCACGACCCCUUGUCCUGUGCGGACCCUCGGGAUCCGGAAAGAGUACGCUGCUCAAGAGGCUGUUCGCCGAAUUCCCCAGCACCUUUGGCUUCAGCAUAUCGCACACCACGCGGAAGCCGCGUGAGGGCGAGGAUCAUGGGGUGCACUACUACUUUGUGGAACGCCCGGAAAUGGAGGCAGCCAUCGCCGGCGACGAGUUCAUCGAGACGGCCGAGUUUACGGGCAAUCUGUAUGGAACGAGCAAGGCGGCGGUUAGGGAGAUCCAGGCACAGGGACGGGUCUGCAUACUGGACAUCGAACAGAAGGGAGUGGAGCAGAUCCGUCGUACGGAUCUCAAUCCCAUACUGAUCUUCAACAAUCCACCGAGCAUCAAGGAGCUGGAGCGACGACUUCGCAAACGUGGCUCCGAAACGGAGGAGUCGCUGAGCAAGCGCCUCAAUGCCGCCCAGGUGGAGAUCGAUUAUGGUUUGACGCCCGGCAACUUCCACAAGAUCAUCAACAACGUGGACAUCGAUGUGGCCUACGAGGAGUUCCGCAACUUUGUCGUCCAGGAACUCGAGGAGCAGCAGAAGCAGGGAGUAUCAGUUAACUUGAAGUAAGGCGAAGCAUUUUGCGGGCGAAUGUGGAAUGAUAUUAACCUCAAUGGGGUGGGGGUAGGGAUUUUUUGUGAACUGAUCGGCGACAGGGAAAGUAAAUUAUAGAAAACUUAUCAUUGGAAACCGCAGGAAACUAUAGGAAAACCAGGUACUCUUUAUAUAUAUUGUAAAGAUUUUAGUAUAUAAGGGAAACUUAAAAACUUUCCGAAGAUACAGAAUACCAAAUUUCACGUUUUAACUAAUAGUCUUCUUAAAUAAAAUAGAAAUAAUACUCUCCACUUAAUAAUCGCAUAUAUAAGAGCAAUAUCAAAAUUUUAGUUUUACAUAGAAGCAGACUAUUUUUGAAUUCUAGGACAAACUUUGCUUGUAUUGUGAAAAAUACUUUGUCAGCAGCAGAAUAUUGUUAGUAAACAAUUGCUGGAAAUACCGCCAAACGUCAACCAGCGAACUUGACCCAAUGUUUCCAAUGAAAGUGGACCGUAGAUUACUUUUCGUGACCCCGAUUCCUGGAGCGCCCACCCUGCAAACCACGUUGACUAAUGGCAUUUAUACUUAAGAAAUGGCUUGUAUUUAUUAUACUCUCCUCCUGUCCACCUCAUCAAUGUUGUGCAAAUUCGUUGUUCUAGUUGUAAUUUUAAGCUGAAAUUUGUUGCGCCGCUUCACGGUCGAGAAAACCGGAGAGGGCGAUUAAAAUGGAAUCAAUAAAGCGAGCAGUAUGCGGGUAUAUUGUA